AUGGUUGAAGCAACACAAUUUACUUUAGAUCAUGAAAAGAUGGCGAUGCCACCGGCUGGCUUUAAGGAGAGAUCCAAAUCCAAACCAAAUUUACCAGACUUCGAGACAUAUCAGAAGUGGUAUAAAGAGUCAAUUGAAAAUCCUGAGAAGUUCUUUGGUGAUAAGGCCCGCGACCUAUUGAGUUGGAUAAGAACUUUUGAUUAUACUCGUAGCCCUAGAGUACCGGAUAAUGACUUCAAAAAUGGUGACAUUCCUGCCUGGUUUGUCAAUGGCCAACUUAAUGCUUCAUAUAAUGCAGUAGACAGAUGGGCAAUAAAGAAUCCAGAUAAGCCUGCUAUUAUUUAUGAAGCCGACGAAGUAAAUGAAGGGAGAAUUAUCUCGUAUGGAGAAUUGUUGAAGGAAGUCAGCAAGCUCGCUCAGACACUUACUAGAUUAGGCGUCAGAAAAGGAGACACGGUGGCUGUAUAUUUACCAAUGAUACCAGAAGCUAUUGUCACUCUUUUAGCGAUUGUACGUAUCGGUGCCAUUCAUUCAGUAGUGUUCGCGGGCUUUAGCUCAACGUCUUUGAAAGAUCGUAUUUUGGAUGCUGACUCUAGAAUUGUUAUCACUGCAGAUGAAUCCAAAAGAGGAGGAAAAACUAUUGAAACUAAAAAGAUCGUUGACGAUGCAUUAAAAGACUGUCCUGAUGUAAGAAACGUCCUUGUUUUCAAGAGAACUGGUAAUUCACAUGUUCCGUUUAAUACUAAAAGAGAUUUAUGGUGGCAUGAAGAAUUAGAUAAAAGUGGACCAUAUGUGCCACCUGUACCUGUAAAUUCUGAAGAUCCAUUAUUCUUAUUGUAUACAUCAGGUUCCACUGGUAAACCAAAGGGUGUCGUCCACACAACUGCAGGUUAUUUAUUGGGCGCUCUCUUGACUACGAAAUACACUUUCGAUGUUCAUGAAGAUGAUAUUUUAUUUACGGCUGGUGAUAUCGGUUGGAUUACAGGUCAUACUUAUGUUGUUUAUGGUCCAUUACUUAAUGGUGCUACCAGUGUUGUUUUUGAAGGAACCCCUGCGUAUCCUAAUUAUUCAAGAUACUGGGAGAUUGUUGACAAGUACAAAGUUGAUCAAUUCUAUGUCGCUCCGACAGCUUUAAGGCUUUUGAAAAGGGCUGGAACUAAGUACGUUGAGAAUUAUGACCUCAGCUCUCUUAGAGUUUUAGGAUCAGUUGGCGAACCUAUUGCAGCUGAGGUUUGGCACUGGUAUAAUGACAAUAUAGGUAGGCACAAGGCUCACAUCGUGGACACGUAUUGGCAAACAGAGUCCGGUUCUCACUUGUUAACUCCAUUGGCAGGUAUAACUCCAACAAAGCCUGGUUCAGCAUCUUUACCCUUCUUUGGAAUUGACGCUAGGAUUUUAGAUGCUGUCACUGGUGAGGAAAUUAAUGAACUUGGUAGUGAAGGGGUUCUUGCCAUAAAAUCUUCUUGGCCUUCAAUUACAAGAGGUAUUUAUAAUGACUAUGGAAGAUUCAUUGAUACUUACUUGAAGCCAUACAAGAACUAUUAUUUUUCUGGUGAUGGUGCUGCGAGAGAUAAAGAUGGGUUUUUCUGGAUUUUAGGAAGAGUCGAUGAUGUUGUCAAUGUUUCUGGUCAUAGACUCUCUACGGCAGAAAUAGAAGCAGCUUUAAUUGAACAUGAUUUGGUAGCCGAGAGCGCUGUUGUCGGUUAUGCUGACGAAUUGACAGGUCAAGCUGUUGCAGCAUACGUAUCACUUAAAUCUAGUGCUAAUGUUGAUGAUGUUGAUGCAGUUAAAAAAGAACUCGUUUUAACUGUUAGAAAAGAGAUUGGCCCAUUUGCUGCACCGAAGUUAAUUUUAUUGAUCGAUGAUUUGCCCAAAACUAGAUCUGGAAAGAUAAUGAGGAGAAUUUUGAGGAAAGUUUUGGCAGGAGAAGAGGACCAAUUAGGAGACAUUUCUACAUUAUCUAAUCCCGCUGUUGUUCAAAAUAUCAUCGACGUGGUCAAAGCGCAUCGUUAG